CCUACGAUAUGGCGUCUUCCUCUAACUCAGAAGAGAACAAGAAACUUCCUCCGUUAGAAAAGUUACCUGAUGUAGUGGAAGAACCAAAACCGGUUUAUAAGGAGGAAAAUACCAAUGACAGUUGGUCAGCAUUGGUUAGGAAGCUCGACAUAGAGUUUAAUGAGGAUUGUGUGAGUUGUAAGUUCAUUGGUGCAUCAGUGUGUUAUGUUUGUGGAUACAUCGCGUUGAAUACUGUCAAGACUAUCCCAGCUUCGAACAUGCCAGCAAAGGUCAUGACUGGAUUAUUUGGUGUGGGACUUUUUGGGAUUGGAACACUCAGACUUUUUAAAAGUCCGGCUGAACUGGCGAUCGACAGACCCUCGAACAAGAGCUCAGGCAAGGACAGUUGGUGGUGACAGUGCUGUUGAAAAAUAUCCAUGAGGGAACAAAUUAUUGUUACUAUAAAUGUAACUUCCUUUCACAUGUUACUUCAUCUGUCAAACCUAUAACACCUACAAGUGAUUAAUAUGUAAUUUCUCCUAGUGAUUCAAAUACAUUAUCUGGCUAACAGGUAAUGAGAACUGAGAAGUUUAUCAUUUGGAAGGUGUUAUUUUGAUAGAACACCAAAUUCUCCAGUCUAGUUCUCAAGGUAAUGUAUAGCAGUCAGAAGGGAGACUUACUUGUUGGAUCUUGGGAGUUAAGGAGGUAAUCGAGGAGAAACAUUUGUAACAACUGUAAACCAGAAAACAGCAGCUUGUAAGAUUCGAUUAUAAACUGCUGUUAUGGAAAUUGCUUUAAGGUACUUUUAUGAAGGGACCCUACAGCUUGUCAGUAUUGAAAAUAGGACUCCAUAAUCUGGCUGAAGUCCAAUCUACUGGACAAGAGAUGUUUUUGGAGAGCUUAUGUUACUUUUGUCUUUAAGUGUGUAUGUUAAACAUUUCCAAUGAUGCAUAAUUUACUCAGCACUACCCAGAAACACAGUGGAUAUGGACUGUAGAUUGUAAAAUGCUAAAAACAAUGUUUUCAGUAAUUUGAUUGUAAGACAUAUCUCUGUUAAGAAGUUUUGAACAAUGGAGUUCUAACUGAACAUUUUAAAUACUCAGGAUAAAGUUUUUGAACAUUUCUUUC